AUGUACAUUUUCAUUGCAGCUUUGCUACUUAACUCUGUUCUUUACAGCACAACUGUUUACCCAAAACUUCUGAUUGACUUUUCAUCUGAAAAACAAGUCACAACAUAUUCAGCCUGUCUCUUUCAGUUCUUUAUAUUUUACACUCUAGUUUUAUCAGAGUUCCUUCUGUUGGCUGCCAUGGCCUAUGACAGAUAUGUGGCUAUAUGUAAACCUCUGGAAUAUCAAACUAUCAUGAGAAAAACCACUGUGGGUAUUUUCCUGGUCGUGGCUUGGCUUGUACCUGCUUGUCAUGUUGCUGUCCAAGCAAUAGCGAGUGCCGAAGCUAAACUGUGUGACUCUAAUAUAAAAGGAAUAUUUUGUAAUAAUGCAGUUUACACUCUUCAGUGUCAAAGAUCAAGAUUAAUUACCAUCUUUGGAGUGGUCAUUGUAUUAGAUCUUGCAAUGCUUCCUAUGCUCUUUAUAGUUUUCACAUACACAAAAAUAUUUAUAGUUUCUCAUCGAAGUUGUAAAGAAAUUAGGAAGAAAGCUGCAGAGACUUGUUUACCCCAUCUCUUAGUUUUAUUAAGUCUCUCUGUGUUUUUUGUUGUAGUUCGCAGAGUAGGACAGGAGUAUCAGGUAAUAGAGGCAGGAAGGAUUGAGGGACAGCAGUCAGCCCAGAGAGCUGAAGUGAUAGCCCUGAUCCGAGCACUGCGGUUGGCCAAGAACCUGAAAGUGAACAUUUACACUGACUCAGCAUAUGCGUUUGGAGCCGCACAGGUGGAGCUGGCUCAGUGGAAGAGAGCUGGAUACAGAACUGCAACCAACGCACCGAUCUGCCACAAGAAGGAAAUGGAGGAACUGGAGAAGGCCCUAGAGGAUCCAGAUGAGGUGAGUAUUGUAAAAUGCAAAGGACAUUCACAGGGAGACAAUCCGGUGGCAAGAGGAAACCGGACAGCGGAUGAAGCUGCAAAAAAGGCCGCAGGCUACAAAGGACAGAGACAAAUGGUGCAGGUAACGGCAGAAGAAGAGGGGAGCACCAACACCUUGGAGGAGGUCAGACAGGCUCAGAAGGAAGCAUCCCCAGAGGAAAGGGGUGUGGCAGGCUAG